CUCACAUUUGAAUCACAAGAAUCCUAAUGCAGCAACGACUGUUGAAAGAGUUUUCCCCUGUCUCUUCCUCGUCACAAUCGUGCUCUACUGUAACUGAAUUGAAUCGGAUCGCAAUCGCAUCUCGUUGCGAAUUCGCAUUGACAGACCCAGCCUUCGAAACAGCUUCGUGUUGAGAAAUAGCGCUCGUGAAAUAAUUGUCAUCGGGGUUUUUACGAAAAAAUUAGGGUUUGUUUUUGCGUGUCCACAAGAUGGUUGUUUCGUGGCGAAAGGUUUGCGGUGUGGAACAAAGAUGAGAGGAUGAAUAGAGAAGUCGAGGUGUGUUUUAAUAUUGAGGAGAGUUAGUUUUGAGAGCUUGAAAUGGCGGAAUCAACUGGACAUGCAGAAUUCGACCUGCGAGAAUUUGUGGCGACGUCGCUAGGAUCCAGGAUUGAUGACUCUGCGCCUUUGUCUGCCUCUGACCUGCGCUUACUCUUGUCCAAGCUGCACGGGAGGUCGGACCAGCUCAAAAUCCGUUUGCGGAAGAUUGUUGCGGAGAAUCACGAUCAAUUUAACUCCAUUGUGAAGGAUGCGCAUGGCGCUGCGGCAGGCGUAGAGGCUCUAGCGGAGGAUGUGGAGAAGGUUGUCGAUGCUUUAGAGGAGGAUCGUAAGGGAGAACCUCCUUUUGACGUUGGGAUUUGUCGAUUGGCAGCCACGGCAGAGGAAUUGUGGGAAGAGCAGGAAGAACGGAAGGAGUACAUUGGUGCUUUGGAAUUUAUUGCAAGUGUGCGGGAAGGAUUGAAAUCUGCAGAGAGGGAUUUUCACCUAGGAGCUCUUGCUGAGUCGGGGACUAAAUUAUGCAGAAUACGGGAGCAGCUUGAACUCCCUGCAGAUUGGACUGGAGACAGAGAUGAUAAGAAGGAGAGGCAAAUGAAGGAGGAUGAAGUCCAGGCGUUUGUUCUCUUGCAGGAUGAGUGGGCAACUUGUUAUUCCAAGCUUCGAAAUUUCCUGGAGGAAUUGUUCGCCAAAGCAGUUGUGUUAAAUUUGCAUGGCUCUGAACUGUGCAUAUAUUCCCGUGUCUCUUGCAGCGAUAUGAUGGCAGGGGUGAAUGCUGAUGAAGUGGAAUUAGCUACUAUUCUUUCUACAAUGGAUAAAGUAGGAGUAUUGGAAACUAGGCUGGCUAAAACAGCUGAUUUACUCCUCAAGCAUAUCAUUGAUCCGAUAGUUCGAAGUCCUAGAUUUGCGGUACAUGUCAACGACAUGGAUCAAGAAGGGAGAGCGAUUCUCAACUGGAUGCAAAGUUGUAGUAAGACAAAUGGGGGUGGAUACGUAGAGAUGUUUGCUAAGCUCCUCGAAGUGUUCAAAUAUCUUCGAACCAACUUGCUGGUUGAUAACGAUGGAUGGAUGGUGCUCCUUGGUCGUGUAAUUUGGCCUGAGUUAGCAGAGGCCAUCACAGCGAACUGUCUUCGCAAGGCUGUUCCAAAUGAAAUAUCCGAGCUUGCUAGCUUUCAGGAGUUAGCCCAGGCCAGUGCUGAGUUCGAGACAUGCUUGGGGAAAGCCUGUCUGAUUCCAGACUGGAAUGAAACUCGUGGGGACAAGCUUCGUAGCUUCUCAGCUGACGUGGAACAUCAUUUUGGUGCUAAGAAGAGGAAUUCUGUCAUGGCGAAAGCACGUGACCUACUUAUAAAAUUUGACUAUAGAUCUAAUUUGAUCAAUCGAGAGGAGAAAACCAUACAGGGCGUGGAUGACAGUGACAACAUAUCCUUACUGCAGACAGAGACAUGUACCAUUACCCUGGCGGCAAAGCAGCUCCUAGAGCUGGUACAUGAUACAUUGCAGGAUGCUUGUAAGUCCAGUCCCAGUAUAGCAAUGGAGCUCUACCUUGGUGCUAGAGAUGCCUUACAUCUCCACCGAGCCAUUAUUCCUGUCAAGGCGAUGGAAUACUUGAAUAGUAUACAUAAAGCUGCUUCGCUGUGCUACAACGAUUGUUUUUAUAUUGCACAUCACGUGCUCUUUCUUCACUUUCAGUACUAUCCAGCUCUUCCUCGAAAUGUCCAGAAAAUCAUGUCGUUUGUGGAUUUUGCUCCUUUGUUUCGGCGGUUUGGCUGUCAAAUCCUUGAGAAGCAAAUGCACUUGAUUACUGUGAAGCUUAUGGAGGAUCUAGACCAGGCAAACGGUUUCCAGUAUCUCGAGCAGAGAAAAAGAUAUGAUACAUGCACCAAUGCAAUUGGCAAGGUAAUAAUUGAAUUAGAGGCUAUUCGGACGGUGUGGCAACCCAUUCUUGCGGAGAGUGUGUAUAAUCUAGCGUUUGGCAAGCUUGUGAAUGCGGUGGUCACUCGUCUUAUAAAUGAAGUGCUUGCUUUUGACGACAUUUCUGUUGAAGAAGGUGAACAGCUACGGAAGCUGAUGCUGGAUGCGAUGGCCGGCUUAUCAACAUUAUUUGCUUCAGCAAACGAAGACUCAGAUGAGGCUGGUGGCGAUUGUGCAAAGGAUUCUGUCCAGAGAAGAGUUCCGUUGUGGCGUAAACUUUUGCGGUUGACUGAUUUGCUGGACAUGUCGUUGAGGCCAAUUACACAAUCGUGGGAAAAUGGAGAUUUGCCUUCAUCUGGGUUCUCGGCUGAUGAGGUACAACAUCUGAUCAAGGCCAUAUUUUCAGAGACAGAUCUGAGGUCGGAGUGUCUCAAAGUGAUUGUCGACAGCCGUUCAAAGUGAGGGGACAAGUUUCAAGGAGCCAGGGUGCUUCAUAGUUUUAGCACUUAUCUUGCAGGCCUGUAUCCUUGAAUGCCUGGUUUGCAAUGGUCUACCUCCUGGGCAUUAUGGCAGGAAGCAAAAUCUCAGUUGAAGGCCAGGUUGGCCCAUUUGAAAGGUAAAAUAGUUUGAAUAUGCUGUAGGAAGCCCAUUUGUUGUCAGACGCUCAGUUUUUUCACUUCACUACAUCUCGUGGACACCAAGUUCUUUUCAUCUGUUCAAAUGCCCUCUGAUUCUUGGUCUACUUUUUGUAAAUUUAUUGUAAUUCCUGUAAUCCUUUUACCAUAUACCCGAAGCAAAUUAUUGAUCA